UCGCCGAUCCAUUCCGUCUGCCCCAGCCACGCUUCACGGUCAUUGAUGAGAUAGUCGUCUGCGAGCCGCGGGACGCGGUGAAACGUUAGGAUAGAUCGGUGUCGUGCGUGGGCCGCUUAGGCCGAAAAUGGCGGAACGGACCAAGGUGACUGCUCCGGCCACCCGGCCCGUGCCCAUGAAGCUGUUCGCCACCUGGGAGGUGGAUCGCACCCCUCCGAAUUGCAUACCCAGGCUGUGUUCCUUGACGUUAACGCGCUUAGUUAUACUUCGGCCCCUCGGCUCGGAUCUGUCGUCCAUCAGCAUCGCGGUCAAGAUGCAGAGCUCCAAAAGGACCCUACGAUCCAACGAGAUGGCUAUACCGACCGGAGGCAUACUCGAUACGGAAUUGGAGCUGCAGUUCGCGCUUCAGUAUCCGCAUUUUCUCAAGAGGGACGGCAAUAAGCUCCUGAUAUUAUUGCAGAGGCGAAAGCGAUACAAGAAUCGUACGAUGCUCGGAUACAAAACUCUUGCGGAGGGAGUUAUUAACAUGGCCCAAGUGCUGCAGAAGCAAAUGGACCUCGAACUGGAACUUGUGUCGGACAAGGCGGAAAAAUACGGCGGUCAUUCGGUCGCAUUGGCACGCGUGAGUGUUGUCGCUCUAAGUUCUCAACCGGUCGACCACGACAAAAGACUGAUGAACGAUCCCAACGAAAGACUCUGCCAGGAAUUCAGCGACGAAGAGGAGGAAUUUAGUUCGGAAGGCGAGGCAGAGGGCAGCGACAGCGAGCCCACGUUGGAGGUGCACAGACGAAAGAGUCGCGGAAAGAUCCCAACGAAUGCCAGGCAAAGAAAUUUGAAACAAAAGUUUAUAGCUCUGCUGAAGCGAUUUAGGGUAUCCGAGGAGUUGGAGCACGAUCAAGAAGAAAUCGGGCAAAAACUUUCAGGCGGUGAUAUGGAGAUAGAAGAGUUAUUCGAUGAAUUAGAAGACUUAUCAGAUAGCGGCCCGGAAUUGGAUACUAUGUCUGUUAGCAGUACACCGAAGCCAUCGCUAAGACCGUUUUUCAGUUCCAGUCGAUCCCUUCUCGCUCCGCCUCAUUCCGUAGUAACCAGCGAGGACACUGGAACUAUCUCGGCGACUACCACGUGUCAGCAGCCCUCGGGUCAUCCGGCUAGAGAGAAACACCGUGUCGGACACACAACUCCAGAGCGUGGAGUGGACAGGCAGAGCGAUGACAGUUCUCGAAGAGCCGACAGCGAUUCCCAUCCUGAGAACUGGACGGAUCACGAAGCGAACGAUCCGCCGAAUUACGUAGCGGGUUCACCGCCGAAAUCCGAGCAGCCUAACAAGAGCGAGGGUUCCGAGAGAAGAAGCAGACUCUUCGCACGCACAGACAGAGGAACGCCGGGGAGUAAUAAAUCCAAGAAGCACAGUCUGAGCGUUGAUCUGAAACCCUCGGCUGAUUUAAAUAGCACAGAGCCGAGAAAAGCUUUAGUCGAGCAACUUGGUCGUAUAUUGCCAGAUGAUAGUUUACCGGAGGCUGUGUCGCUCGUAUCAAUAGCAGAUCCUGGUGGUGCGGUCCUUGCCGCGAGGUUGCAAGAGAGAAACCACAGGGUCCUGACAACCGUCUCCCCGGCUGACAUCCGUGCAACAUUCACAUGCUUGGUUACGCGAAUACAAAAAUUCUGCAACAGUUCUGCGAAACCACCGGCACCUAUAAAGGUAGUCAUCGCCGGAGGGGACAGUUUCAUAAACGCAGUUCUCCGUCACUACGUUGAUCUGCUGAGCUUCAGAUCGCCGGAUUGGCAAAACUACAUGAAAUUUCUGGUGGUGCCACUAGGUUCGAAUACGUUAACCAGGUAUCUCAGUUCCAUCGAUUCCAAGUAUUCGAUGCUCUUUGGGGACGAGUGGAAAGAGCUUUUGGAGAGGGAAGGUGGCGGCUCGAUUGAAGGCGCAGCGCGAGUAUCGGAAUAUCUAGCCACAGCGAGUACAGUUCUAUUGUUACCUAUAGCGGAAGCUAUGGUUACAUACAGGGAAACGGACGACAGCAGUCAAAUCUUCAUUCCCUUCAUAAACGACGUCCGCGUGGGUUGUCCGGACAGCAGUUCUUCCGCAUCGGUCGAUCUGGAGGAGAGCAAUGUCAGUAUGUCUGGUUCUCCACCUUCCUUGCCUCCGCCGACUUUGCCGGUUCCACCUCCUGGAAAGUUGACACCACCCAGCAGUCCUAACGUAGGCCAGCCAGCGAGAGAAGGAUGGGAACCAGUCGAACUUCAGCUGGAUUAUUGGGGUAAACAGACGCAAGGUGAAAAGGGAAAGAGCACGUUACGUCAAGCUUUCAGAGCGUUGCACGUACAAAGACUUCCUUCGUUGGGCGAAGCUCCGGGACAUCACUUGUGUAUGAAUUAUACAACAAAAGAGAAGAAGCAGAAAAUAAUGAGAUUGGGUAAAAAGAAGGAAAAGGAAAAGGAAAACGAGCCAAAGAGUCAAACAGUGGAUGGCGUGACGCGUCUUAUAUGUUCUGCAAAAACACAUAACAUUCCAUUAAGAGUGAGCAUUGACGGUACCGAGUGGUAUGGUGUAAAAUUCUUCCAACUAUCAGCGCAAUGGCAAACACACAUCAAGACAUUUCCGAUAGCGUUAUUGGAAUAUAAUCCACAGCAGCAGACAUUGAAUGCUACAUAAAUCUAGAUUUCCGUCGUUAUAACAUAAAGGCUUUUAGCAAUUUACUUACAUAUUCUAUAUCAUCAACGAUAAACGCUAAUAUUUGACUCAUUUUAUACGCAGACCCAAUAACCAUCAACUUUUUAAGACUGCUUAAUAAGAAUUAGAUUUUAGCGAAUAUUGCAAAUUCCAAUAUAUUCGAGAUGUACAUUACAUUCAUUCCAUUAUUUGAUAAUAGCGAUAAAAGAUAUUUAAACAUUUGGAAUAUUUUUACGUCAUGCAAAAUAUAUAGUUGUGUGUGAUAAGCGUACAUUAUGUCUAAGGGAAUUUAUAUGAUGCAUGUACGUCUUGAAAUGAAAUUAUGGUAUAAAAUAUAAUUUAUGUGCUUUUGUUUAGAUAAUAUAUAAUUAUCUCUCGAUGAAUAUUAUUAUUAUCGCAGCAACACAGAUUAUAGAAAUCAUAUAUUCAUUUGUCGACAUAUCACAAGUAAUUAGAACAAAUAUGUCCAUUUAUAGAAAGUUCGUUGGUUAUGGGAAUGCUAUUAUAUAUUAAAAUUUUCUAUCAAUGACAUAUUUUUUAUGACAAUACGCUAUUCAAUUCAAUACCGAGAUGUCUUUAAAUAACGAGAUUUGGAGAUAUCUCAGCAAAUUUAAAUUUUAUUUAGCGAAAAUAUGGUUUCAAAGAUGAUCAAGUUAUUAUUUUUUACUUUUAUUUAAAGUUAAUAUUUACUAAUCUCUAUCAAUGUAAAUUAAAGAUAUCUCAAAAUCUCUUAUUUAAGAUAUUUUAGUAUCUCAUAAUAGAAUAACAAUAUGUUAAAGCAAUUUUGUUGCUCUCUUAUCCAAAAAUAUGAAAUUGUUAUUUGUCCUCGAACAAAGAACAAUUUUAUUGCAAAAUUUAAUCGCGCCAGUUUUUUUUUACUUGAGUUGCAUGUUACGCUUAUAUACAAACAAGGAUGUGCAAUCAAUUAAUCAAUAAUCAAUUGUUACAAUUUAAUAU